GCCACAACAAUGACCCGGUCCUGACUCAAAUCGAGUGGAUUAGCCAAUCUAUUCCGAGCUCUAAUGAGAUUAGAGACAUGUGUCGCGGCGCCGUGGUACCUUCCGUUGAGCUCCUCGGGGGACAUUUUCCCCGCCGACUGUCCUCCGCGCGCGGGAAUGGGCGUUUUUGAUCCUGAAGAUGCGCCGCGGGUGCCGGGGGACAACAACAGACAUUUGAAUGCGCGCUCACCUGUGCAGCUUCUGUGGCGCGCGGAUUCCUCGAAGUAGAAGCGGUAGAAGUAGUAGUAGUCGUAGUAGUCGUAGUAGUAGUAGUAGUAGUGGUGGCGGCGGUGGUCGCACAGGAGGACAACAUGAAGUACCAGAAGUACAUCACGGUGAUGCAGAUGGCCAUGGGAGUGACAGCCUCCAACAAAGACUGCCUCCCCACCAAGAGGCAGCUGUGGGUGACGCCCCAAGAUGGAGAUACAUCCCCUUCAGGUGAUCCCGGGUGUUCAGACAGGGCCACAGGUGCUAGCGGUGGUGCUAUGGCGAUGCCUGCCACCUCCACCCUCUCGUUGCCCGUGAGCCAGGGUAAACCUUCCCUGCGUCGCAUCAAAGGCCGCAUUCACCGCAGCAAGAGCCUGGACAGCAUGGACCUGCUCGACUCCAACAGUGCAGCAAUGGAGGAAACGGUCAUAUGGGAACAGCACACAGUGACCCUUCACAGGGCCGCAGGAUUUGGGUUUGGUAUUGCCAUCUCAGGUGGGCGAGACAACCCUCAUUUCCAGAGUGGGGAGACCUCCAUUGUGAUAUCUGAUGUGCUGAAAGGAGGUCCUGCGGAGGGAUUGUUGCAAGAAAAUGAUCGAGUGGUGAUGGUAAAUGCCGUCUCUAUGGACAACGUAGAGCAUGCCUACGCGGUACAGCAGCUCCGAAAGAGUGGCAAAAACGCAAAAAUAACCAUUCGUCGUAAGAGGAAAGUGCAGAUCCCUGUUUCUAGACCCGGGGACAGGGAGACGAUGUCCGAGCACGAGGAGGAGGAAACCGAUGAGGAGGAUGGCUAUGACCAUGGUAGCCAAAGUGCCUAUGCAGGAGCAAGCGGCGGCGGCACGGGUACCGGCAGGCGUCAGGGCCGCGAGCGCAGUAGCAGCGGCAGGAGGGAUCGCAGUGCCUCGCGAGACAGGAGCGUCUCGCCGCGCUCUGACCGACGAUCACAAGCAUCCUCUGCUGCGCCAAGGCCCUCCAAGGUGACCCUGGUCAAGUCCCGCAAGAAUGAAGUAGAAUACGGUCUGCGAUUGGCCAGCCACAUCUUUGUGAAGGACAUCUCUCCCGAGAGCCUUGCUGCCCGAGAUGGAAACAUCCAGGAGGGAGACGUUGUACUUAAGAUCAAUGGCACUGUCACGGAGAACCUAUCACUAAUAGAUGCCAAGAAGCUGAUUGAGAGGUCGAAGGGCAAGUUGAAGAUGGUGGUGCAAAGAGAUGACCGAGCCACGCUGCUCAACAUUCCCGACCUCGACGACAGCGUCGCGUCAGCCAACAACUCCGACCGAGACGACAUUUCAGAAAUACAUUCUCUCACUUCGGACCAUUCCAAUCGAUCCCCCGGGCGCGGUAGUCGAUCGCGUUCGCCCGACAGGCCUGAACCGUCAGACCUUCUCCGCAACUCACCUCGGCAGAUCAGCAACGGCAGCCAUCGAAGUCGAGAUGAGGAACGCAUAUCCAAACCGGGGCUCAUGUCCACUCCAGUUAAAAGCUCUGAUGACGUCGUUGUGUCACACUCCAGCGAUCUGGCCAGUUCCAGAGAUGACAAACUGUUGCCCCCGCUGCCUGAACCAAAGCCUGUUUAUGCGCAGCCUGGUCAGCCCGACGUGGAUCUGCCCGUCAGCCCCUCGGACGCCCCUGUGCCCAGCGCUGUUCAUGAUGAAAGCAUCCUCAGGCCGAGUAUGAAGCUGGUCAAGUUCAAGAAGGGAGAAAGUGUCGGUCUGCGGUUAGCAGGAGGGAACGAUGUGGGGAUUUUUGUGGCAGGUGUUUUGGAGGACAGUCCUGCAGCCAGGGAAGGGCUGGAGGAGGGAGACCAGAUUCUCAGGGUGAACAAUGUGGACUUUGCUAACAUCAUCCGGGAGGAGGCUGUGCUGUUUCUGCUGGAUCUCCCGAAAGGAGAAGAAGUUACUAUUUUGGCACAAAAGAAAAAAGAUGUAUAUCGGAGGAUAGUGGAAUCUGAUGUAGGUGACUCCUUCUACAUCCGGACCCAUUUUGAAUAUGAAAAGGAGUCACCGUACGGGCUGAGCUUUAACAAGGGCGAGGUGUUUCGUGUAGUAGACACGCUCUACAACGGCAAAUUAGGCUCCUGGCUCGCCAUCCGUAUCGGCAAGAACCAUCAGGAAGUAGAAAGGGGCAUCAUACCCAACAAGAACAGAGCUGAGCAGCUAUCCAGUGUGCAGUACACCCUCCCCAAAACGCCAGGGGGCGACAGAGCAGACUUCUGGAGAUUCCGAGGAUUGCGAAGCUCCAAGAGAAAUUUGCGUAAGAGCAGGGAAGACCUGUCGGCCCAACCAGUUCAGACCAAGUUCCCUGCUUACGAGAGGGUGGUGCUGAGAGAAGCUGGGUUCCUGAGGCCUGUGGUUCUGUUUGGGCCGAUAGCAGACGUGGCCAGAGAGAAACUGGCCAGGGAGGAGCCAGAUGUUUUUGAACUAGCGAAAACACAGCAACAGCAAGGAGGGGAAAGAAGUGAGCCCAGGGACGCAGGAACCGACCAGAAGAGCUCCGGCAUCAUUCGCCUGCACACCAUCAAACAGAUCAUUGACCGGGACAAGCACGCAGUGCUGGACAUCACCCCUAAUGCAGUGGACCGUCUCAACUACGCUCAGUGGUAUCCAAUCGUGGUGUUUCUUAACCCAGACACAAAGCAGGGUGUGAAGACGAUGAGGACCCGCCUUUGCCCGGAGUCUAGGAAGAGUGCCAGGAAGCUUUUCGACCGAGCCCUCAAAUUAAGGAAGAACAACCACCACCUCUUCACCACGACCAUUAACUUGAACAACAUGAACGAUGGCUGGUUUGGCGCGCUGAAGGAAUCGAUCCAGCAGCAGCAGAACCAGCUGGUGUGGGUUUCCGAGGGCAAGGCUGACGGAGCGGCCGAGGACGACCUGGACAUCCACGACGACCGCCUGUCUUACCUGUCGGCGCCGGGCAGCGAGUAUUCCAUGUACAGCACCGACAGCCGCCACACCUCCGACUACGAGGACACAGACACGGAGGGCGGAGCCUACACCGACCAGGAGCUGGACGAGACCCUGAACGACGACGUAGGUCCUCCCGCAGAGCCCGCCAUCACCCGCUCCUCGGAGCCUGUUCGCGAGGACCCGCCCGUCAUCCAGGAGCCCCCCGGCUACGCCACCUACGCGUUGCAGCCGGAGCCCCUGCACCGCAUCGACCCGGCUGGAUUCAAGGCACCAGUUCCGCAGCAGAAAGCAGAGGCCGCUGCCGUCCCUAGCGUCCCCAAGCAGCCUGAGCCCCUGGCUGACACAGCCCCCCCCGCUGUCGACGUUACUGUAAAAACUGUAGGGGUUCUGAGUCCUGACGAGGCUCCUGCAGCUCCUCACACCCAGCCAAGCCCCAACCCAGAGGCUGGCUCUCUUAGGAGGCCCACCACUGAGCUAGCUCCUCAGAGCGUCACACCAGAACCUCUACAAUCUGGACUGGCCAGUUCAGAACCAAAGAUGUUUCAGAAGGAUCCAUACAGCGUAGAAAACACGGGGAGAAUCGGUCACAGCAUGAAGCCUGCGACCUACAACUCCCAGCAGGGAUUUCACCCCGACCAGCCGCCAUACAGAGAUUACGACCACCCACCCAGUCGGUAUGAUGUCAGCAGCAGCGGAGGUGGUUAUCCGCAACCAACGUACAGGAACUAUGACCCUAACCCGCCCUACGAGAACAGUGUGCCUCAUUACGACCAGUGGAACCCUUACAACCAGCCGCACUCCACCGCCAACUCCCAGGGCCACGACCCCCGCGUACCGUACAGUGAUGGACCCGACUCCCAGUACACCCCUCCCCUCCGCUACGACGAGCCCCCGCCUCAGCAGGGAUUCGACGGGCGGCCUCGCUACGGAAAACCAACAGGUCCGGGUCCCGUCCGCUACGAUGAUCCUCCGCAGCCAGCGCCGGGUCCCGACAUGCACUACAACCAGGAUCCUCGCCUGGCCGCGUACCCUUCUGCUGGCCACUCCCCAGACCCCGCCCCUCAGCGGCCUUCGUACAACCAGGGACCAACGCCGCAACAAAAGAGCUACAAGCCUCAGCAGUAUGACCCUGUUCCUGUGAACUCUGACCCCGGCCCCGCACCCUCUCCCAAGGCAGACGGCCCGUCAUCGUCUCCCGCGGAGGCUCCAAAGUCUUUCCCCGCCAGAGAUGAGCACCAGGAGGAUCCCGCCAUGCAGCCACAGUCGGUCCUGACCAGGGUGAAGAUGUUCGAGAACAAACGCUCGGUGUCUGUGGACAGAGCCCGAGAUGCAGGGGAUUCAUCUGGGAACAAGGCAGCUGAUUUACCCUUGAAAGCGGGUGGAGUAAUCCCCAAAGCAAAUUCUCUGAGCAACCUGGAUCAGGAGAAGGCCUUCAAAGCCCCAGGGCCUCAGCAGCCUCCGUCCAUGGUAGCUGAUGACAUUGUGCGCUCCAACAAUUACAACCCUGAUGAGGACGAGGACUACUACAGGAAACAGCUGUCUUACUUUGACAGGCUCCAGGCCGGCCCCAACAAACCCCAGGCACAAGCACCAACGGCUAACCACUACCCCAGGACGGAGUCAGUGGAGAAAUCCGUUCCAGUGGAGAAAAAAUAUGAGCCUGUUGCCCAGGUGACGCCUUCUCUGCUGCCAGCUGUGCUGCCCAAACCCACACCCGAAGCCAAACCUCCUGGCCGAGACGACAACGUCCACACCAACUUCCUGCCUCACAAGAGUUUCCCUGAGAAGUCUCCGGUGAACGGCACUAGCGAGCAUCCUCCAAAAACGGCUCCACCUGCAAACAGCUACAACCGCUACACCCCCAAGCCCUACACCACGUCAGCCAAGCCUUUUUCACGCAUGUUCGACACACCCAAAUUCAACCACAACCUUUUGCCCAAUGAAAAGCCGGACGCUGCUCCAAAGGGCCAGAGCUCCGGCCCAGUGAAGCCUCAGAUAGCCCUGCAGCCCCAGAACACAGACCCUGACAGUGGCCUGGACACCUUCACGCGCACUUUGGAGCACCGCUCCAAGCACCAACUCAACAACAUCCACGCUGUGCCCAAAGCCAUCCCAGUGAGUCCUAGCGCCCUGGAUGAUGAUGAGGAUGAAGAUGAGGGCCACACAGUGGUUGCAACGGCUCGUGGUGUCUUCAACUCUAACGGCGGCGUCCUGAGCUCCAUCGAGACCGGCGUCAGCAUCAUCAUCCCACAGGGGGCCAUCCCCGACGGCGUGGAGCAGGAGAUCUACUUCAAGGUCUGCAGAGACAACAGCAUCCUUCCGCCACUCGACAAGGAGAAAGGAGAGACUCUGCUCAGCCCUCUGGUGAUGUGUGGACCUCAUGGCCUCAAGUUUUUGAAGCCUGUGGAGCUGCGCUUACCUCACUGUGCGUCUAUGACCCCAGAUGGUUGGUCUUUUGCUCUAAAAUCCUCCGACUCCUCGUCGGGUGACCCAAAAAGCUGGCAGAACAAGUCUCUCCCCGGAGACCCCAACUACCUGGUGGGGGCCAACUGUGUUUCUGUGCUCAUCGACCACUUUUAAGGACGGCGCAGCAGGUGUGAUGUCACUGAAUGUGGAACCAUGGGGCGUAAAGUGAAGGACACACAUAAACACACGCACACAGGCACCAUGUGAUGGAGUAUGAAGAAGAUGCAGCCAGUGCUGCUUACUGCACCCUCGGAUGAAGGCGAUACACUGAUGACGGUUACAAACAUGUUCUUUAAACUUUUUUCCCGUUUUGAAGUUGUUGAAGUGAAAUAAAACCAUGGAUGCAUGCGCCAUGCCGCUGAGGAUUGACACUAUAUAUAAGGCGAUGUUUAAUGUGACUAUUACAUGAAUAUAGAUGAGGCUUUUGAGGCACUAUAAAUGCGUCAAAAGCCUGUGUUGGUGUAUUUAUGCUAUAUAUGCAUACGGUAUAUAUAGUAGUAUAGAGAAGAAUUACUAAAAUUGUACUUGUGAAGUCAAUUUCCAGUCAACAUCUUGUUAUUUUUCAGUUCAGGUGCCCAAAUACAAACUAUUUCCACAUUUAGAAUAUUUCUAAUGAAGGUUCGAGACGAACGUGAAGUUUGAUUGAAACGAAGGAUGGUGACAAGUAUCUGUUGAAGAAGCUGGACAUGAACCCAAGCAGCACACUUUUUAAGAGACGUUCUUCCUUUUCCUUCAGUGGUAUCUCGUAGCUUUGUUUCUUACAGAGUAAGGCGUCUCCUUCCAGCCUGAGGGAGAUCUAUGCAUGUUCUUUACUCAGGUCCAGUAGCCCCCUCAGUUCCCCCCUCGCAUCUAUUUCUCGCUCUCUCCAUCUCGUCUUCUCUCUGUGUCGCACUCACACACACAUAAGCAGUGAUGCCUUAUCUGCAGAUUAUUCACGUCUCAUGAAGAAAACAAUAAGUUAUGAUAAAUUAUGGUAUGUCAUUGUUUUGCCAUUUCUAUUUUUGGUUAACCCUUCUGUAUAAAUGAACUCGGGUUUAGCACACAAUAACAAUUUAUAAAAGAUAACAAACGUAUGCUCUUCUUUUAUCUGCUAUGCAUUACUCCAAAAAGAGAAGAAUCGGAGAAGACGUGGCUGUAAAUAAAGCUAGCGUAUUGCCUUGUUUCUUUGGUUUGUAAAUGAACUUUUUGUAUGUCUUUCUUUUUUGUAUGAAACUUAGAGAAAACAUGUUUUAAAAAGUGGAAGACACUCUUUGUAUUCCGGAUAUAACCUCGAGCCUUGGAACUUGUAACCUAACAACAAUGCAUCACAUCUUUUUUCUACCGAUAUAUUCACACUACGUUAUGGUCACAAAAAAAGCUCUUUUUAUUCAUUUUUUGAGGAUCAGGAAAGUGCUUGGGCUAAAAUACAUUUAAAAACAUGUUCUUUUAAAAGGGGGUGUGCUCUCAGAGACCCCUUCACUGAUUUGUGAUACUGGAUGCUGUAUUGUGUGCCCUUAAAUGUAUUUUUGUACUAAUAGACAAUAUAUGAUGUAUGGCACACCAGUACCAUUUUAUUUUUAGAUAACACAGCUUUAAUUGGAUAUUAGCUCUUCACUUGUGGCUGACUUUUUUUUCCCCUCAACACAAUUUUAAGUAUACCACUGUAUUAAUAAAUAAAAUCAUUUUUAAAGUAAA